CUGUUUUCUACGUCAAAUAUAUAAAUUCGAAUUUUAUAAAAAAUUAUGUUGUUGCCGGUAAAUACAGGUAUCAUAUCAAAUCGGUUUUGCUCGAGUAUCGCGAAAAAUUUCAUACAAUCGCGUUUUUUUUCUAUUAUAAAGAUGAGUUCGGCAUCACAAUGGAAAGAAGAAAAAGAAAGAAUUCUUGCUUUACCUACAGAAGAAAAAAGAAAGUUAUAUAAAUCUGGUGACUACAUUACGAUAGACAAAGUUGACCCCUGGAUAUUUUAUGUUCAAGAUAACCAAAGUUUACAGGAUAAGAAACAUACAGUUGAAGACCUUAACGAAUUCCGUAAAAUAAAACUUAAUUCAGAACGAAAUAUAAACAUUAACCAUAAAGUUUCGAUUUUCAAGGGUGAUAUAACGAAAUUGGAGGUAGAUGCUAUAGUAAAUGCUGCGAAUUCACGUCUGAUUGCUGGAGGCGGCGUUGACGGGGCCAUUCACCGUGCUGCUGGACCAAUGCUUCAGGCUGAAUGUAAUAAUUUGGGUGGCUGUCCUACUGGUGAAGCCAGAAUUACUUGCGGUUAUAACUUACCUGCCAAUUAUGUUAUCCAUACAGUUGGUCCACAGAAUGGCUCUGCACCUAAUCUAAAAUCAUGUUAUGAGAAUUGUUUUGCACUUGUAAAGCAGUACGAAUUAAAGACUAUCGCUUUCCCAUGUAUAUCCACUGGUAUUUAUGGCUUCCCUAACAGACUUGCGGCUCACAUAGCAUUAAGAAGUGCUCGGAAAUUUCUAGAAGACAACAAGGAUGUCAGCAGAGUCAUAUUCUGCACAUUCAUGCCAGUAGAUGUCGAUAUAUAUGAGACCUUGAUGCAAAUGUACUUUCCCGUACAUGAAUGGAAUUAUGGCGAUGAUGUAUGAACUAACUAUUGUCAUGUUACGUUAUAAAUUGUUUUGUUUUUAGUAUAUAAACCAUUGAUUAUAUUAAUUUAAAAUAAACUUUGUCAUUAUAA